ACAGCAAUCAACCAUAAUGGGCUACGUUACGGAAAAAAGUUAUUCGUUGAUUCUCCUAAUUGUUAUGUGCACGAGCACUGUUAGUGCCGCAUGUGACUGCAGCAAAGAAGAUGAACUAUACUCAAUAAGAGGUAUAGCGUCAGGAUUGGUACUAGACGCUUCCAAACCAGAUCAGAUCCAGAUACAACGUUACACAGGAGUUCCAGCACAACUAUGGAGGUUUGAACGGGGUACCCAUGCUGGAUUGUUCCGCAUUGUCAACCACGCUACAGGAACAGCAUUGUCCUAUAAGGAUUACAAAGACGGUUGGUACAUUCUCACUGUAAAGAAAGCUUCAAAACAAGAGUUUAUGAUUAAUAUAAACAAUACCAUCACCAAUGUGGAAACGACCUGGAAUAUGGACGUUUUGGACAAUAAGCUCCGUCCAGGAACUCUAGUGGGAUUGUACGUUACAAAUGGUAAUAGGGCACAACUAUUCAAGUUGCAGGAAAAAUAUACUUAUACAACAUGAGCGGUUAUAAAUGAUGGUUAUUAUUAGUUAUUAUUAUCAUAUUACUAUUCUAUUGUAAAACAAGUAUUGUUACUCAACUGCAAUAAAAUG